UUGCAUCGCCAUCAAUCACAACACUUGUAUUGCUCCACAAGAAAGUUCGACAAUGAGAGUUGCCAUUGUCACAAGAACAAACCAAUUUUUCAUUGAAGUAGGUACCCAAGAAACAGUUGCAGCAAUCAAGAGGAAAAUAGAACAAAUCCUGGGGAUUCCAGUGCCCUCACAAAUCCUAACAGUUUCUGGGUGGGAACUAUUGGAUGGAUUAGACAUGGAAGAUUACCCAAUAGUGACUGAAGGUACAAAAAUUGACCUCACCAUCAAACCAGUGGAGCCACACCCUAGCAAAAUGCAAAUCACAGUAAAAUUUUCAGCUAGAAAGUUUAACAUUGAGGUGGACAGAACCGACACUGUUCGCAGCUUGAAGGAAAAAAUUCACAUCAUUGAUAGCACACCCAUCAAAAGAAUGACAUUAUACUUUUCAGGGAGAGAAUUGGAUGAAGAUUUUAGAAUCUUGAGUGAGUAUGGCAUACGUGAAUUUUCUGAGAUUGUUGUGUUCCUCAAGCCCUUGAAUCGAUCGAGAGAAGAACCUCCCACAAGGAAGUUAAGCUUGGUAGUACAAACUUCCUCUAGUUUGCUUAAUGGUGCCACCAUUCCACUGGAGAUGAGAGAUGCAAGCACAGUCAGUGACUUGAAGCAGUUACUGAUAAGCAGAAAAAUUCUGCCAGUUGAUGACUAUUUGUUCAUACACAAGCAGAGGAUCAUGCGUGAUAGCUGUAGCCUCAGGUGGCAUGGAGUUGAAGAUGGAGACUGUCUCUAUGUGUUUAAGGGGACAGUUAGUCGCAGUGGGUAUGCAUGAGAUUAAUUCUUGGUAUAAUAACUAUGGAUUGUUUCAACAUUUUUUUUUACAUUAUUGUUUGUUACCUUUAGAAUUAGAAGAUGAAACAACAUUCUAUAUGACUGGAAAUCUUGUUUUACUUCCGUGCUUGGUAUGUUUUUGAAA